GUUAAAGUAAUUCAGUCAAUGUGUAUAGACUGUGUAUGUGUAUAGACUUCAGUCAAUGUGUGUUUUGAUGUUUACAGACGUUAAUACUGUGAUGCAAGGAAAUUCUUCUAUAUUGAUACGGAAUAUACAUUUCACGCCAAUGAACAUCGAUUUAUACAAUGUCGAUUUUUAGCGAAUCGAGUUGUGUUGGUCGAUCGAGAUAUUUCGAUUGGACAACACGGCCAGGGACGUCCUGGCUCCUCAAGUCAGGUGACUUCGCGACCUAGCAGUCUUGUGGGCAGCUUGUGGUUGUUGGGUGUGUUAAGUGUCUUCCGAAAUUACAAUUUUGGUGUUGUUUUGUAUCGGUCGUUUUCUUUUGCCUCAUUUUCAAGAUGAAAGUGUGUGGUCCGACGUUAUCUCUUUGUGGCCUGAUUUUGAGUGCGUGGGGAGUUGUACAAUUGGUGUUAAUGGGUGUUUUUUAUUACAUUAAAAGUGUGGCAUUAUUUGAAGAUAUUGGUAUGGAGGAAAAACUAGACGAUCCUGCAGAAUUUUAUAGUAAAGCAGAAACUUUGUACACGCAGAGUGCUUUCAACUGUUGGAUUGCAGCUUGUAUAUAUGUGCUGCUGCUCAUAUUUUCAGCCCACCAGUUCUAUGUUAACAGUCAAUCUUCACAUAGUCAUGCCUGAUAUCUGUCACCUCAAACCAGAAAAAUGAAUCCUUAGAACUAGUAUAAUUUGUUAGGUGACAUAUCUUGGUGUACAUGUUAAUGGAUGAAGUUUUUAUGGCAUUAGAAAAUAUAAUCUUGAAUGUAUAAUAAAAUUAUUGAAACGGCAAAAUAAACAAAAUAGUGUACAAACUCUUUUUGGUGGCAUUAUUGUUAAUUUUCAUAGAACAUGUGAAACCACCAAAUUUAUAAUUGUAAAUUUCAACUGCUGAAUUUCAUGCUCUAUUGUGUACAUAUGUGAAUGUCAGUAUUAUAAAGUUUUGCUGCCUUGAAAGAAGUUUGUUUUUUUCUUUUGUUUAAUUGUAAAUACUCAGUAAUGUGAGGCAAUUCUGUUAAAUAUAUCAGCAAUAUGUCUGAUGCAAUGUUAAUCAAUGUAUAUAAUCACUUGUAAUUUCAUUAAGAUUUUGUUCUGCUGAUAAAGUAGUUUGAAGAAAGGAUGUUAAAUGGUAUUAGAAAAUGAACCUAGUAGUAUUUGGUAUAAUGCUGAAAAUUAAUAGUGAUGAAUGUAAUAUACUUCACAAACUGGUAUCAGGUUAUUAGUUUUGUAAUUUAUAUCCUGUACUGUAUUUCGAAUCUUUCUUGGUUUUGCACUCACUAUUAAUAUAUUUUACUUGUAAUUUGUGAUGUUUUUUUAUGUACGGUUGAUAUGUAAUUUACAAAAUGCAUUCCUUUGUCUUGCAUUAAAAUAAAUUUAUGUAUCCUAUGCAUGAUUGUCAAACUGACAAGUACUUAAUAAAAAUUCAGAAUGUGAAUGUUGUCAAAAGUCUAAAGUAUUGCCGAAUUUUUUUUUAUUCAGAAUGUUCUUUUGAUUCCCUUAGAUUUUGUAGUUGGGCAACAUUGAUGUUAGUCAACUCUUAUUUAUAAUUCAUAGGCUUCUAAACAAGCCCAGCUUGACAGUGGGGAUAUUCACUUGCAAGAUGUCAUUGUAUGUGUAUGGUGUUGUAAAGCUGGAAGCAAUGAGAAAAUCCACCCAAUAAAUAUACCAACAAGGAGAGUGGAAAAGCAUGUCAUUUCAUCUGACAGAUGAAUUGCACCAGCGACCAGUGGUUAAAUACACGAGUCCUAUUUAACCUUUUAAAUACGAAUGGGAAAGAGAUUUCCCAGAGCAUUUCAACCCAGCCGUACGAACGGGAUACUUUUGGCUUGACCUCCAGAGGCGCACGUCGGCUCU